AUGGUGAUAGGGGAUUUUAACGUAAUCUCCACGCCCGAUGAGAGGAUUGGGGGAUCCCCCCCCAAUCUUCGAAACAUGGAGGAAUUCAACGACUCGAUGUUUCGGUGUGGUUUGUCGGCAAUGGACUUUGACGGAUCACAAUUCACAUGGACAAAUGGCUCGUUGUGGCAAAGGCUAGAUCGUGCUUUGACUAAUGACAGAUGGCUGGCGUCCUACCCGGUGUCCAAAGUUUCACAUCUAGCACGGGGCCGCUCUGACCAUUCCCCAUUGCUGGUUAAGUGCGGAUUGGGGACGGCUUCCCCGUUUUCAUUCCGCUUUCUCAAUGUUUGGGCCCGCUAUCCUGGUUUCUUCGCAGUGGUUAGUGCAAUAUGGGAGAUGGAGGUGUCGGGGGUGGGUAUGCCUCGUUUCUUCAAAAAGCUGGGCCUGGUGAAGAAAAGAUUGCGAGAAUGGAGCCGCGAGACAUUUGGUGACAUUCCUUCUCGUGUCAAGGCUGCAGAGGCUAUAUACAGACAGAGGGAAGAGGAUUAUGAUAGGGAUCGAGACGACAUUUCCAGAUCCCGCCUAAACGAGGCCAGAGCGACCUACACCAGAGAGCUGGCCACCGAGUGUGAGUUUUGGAGGCAAAAGUCGGCAGUCAAGUGGCUUCGGGAAGGGGAUGCGAACACGUCUUAUUUCCACUCCGUGGUCCGUCAACGAAGGAGCUCUAACUUCAUCGCGAGGAUCAGGGGUGCGGAGGGGUGUUGGUGCGACACGGGCCAGCAAAUCAAGGAGUCAGCUACGGAUUUCUUCAGUACGUUGUUUACCUCGGAGGCGGCUUUUAGGGGAAACUUCCCAGCACUACCAUUUGAGUUGCCCCAGGCAGCCAGCGAGCAUAAUGCAGCAAUUACGGCAGUUCCGUCUGCCGAGGAAAUUCGGCAGAUUGUUUUUUCGAUGGAGGUGAAUAGCGCCCCGGGGCCGGACGGAUUUGGGGUGGGUUUCUAUCGCUCUUGCUGGGGGAUUAUACAGGAGGACCUGGUAGCUGCAAUCCAAGAUUUCUUCAAAGGAGCCAGUCAGCCAAGGGGUUGGUCGAGCUCACUCUUGGUCCUGAUCCCUAAGGUGGAGGGAGCAUGUCACUGGCGAGAUUUCAGGCCUAUUAGUUUAUGUAACGUGAGCUCCAAAAUUAUUUCGAAACUUUUGGCAGCCAGGAUUGGCAAGGUGCUUCCAGCUCUCAUUUCCCCAUGGCAGACGGGGUUUGUACCAGGGCGAGGUAUUUCGGAUAAUAUUUUGUUAGCCCAGGAGCUAGCACUAGACUUGGACAGACGUUUGAAGGAGCCGAACCUCAUUUUUAAGUUGGAUAUGGAAAAGGCAUAUGAUAGAGUGGAGUGGCCUUUCUUGCUCUUCAUGCUUCGGCAAUUCGGCCUGAGCGAACAGGUGGUUGAUUUGUGCUAUAGGACCUUCUCCAACGCAUGGUUUUCGGUGUUGAUCAAUGGUGAGCCGUCUGGGUAUUUUAAAUCUUCCCGGGGAGUUCGGCAAGGGGACUCACUCUCUCCGGCGUUAUUUCUAUUUGUGGCGGAAUUUUUAGGGCGGGGGAUUCACAACUUGUUCCUGGAGAAAGAGAGCAGAUUCUAUGUAUCGGCUGGCUCGCGCGUACCGUAUUUAGCUUUUGCAGAUGAUAUCCUAAUUUUCACGCGAUGCUCGUCGGAUGCUCUGACCGCAAUUCGGCAGUUCCUGGAGCAUUACCAGACGUGGUCAGGGCAGAAAGUUAAUGUGGGAAAGAGCUCUUUCACCCCCUCUUCUAGGAUGUCACUGGCACAGAAGGAACUUGUGCGCGCAACUCUUGGCUAUCGGGAAAUUGGUUUGCCUAUCCGAUAUCUGGGGGUGCCACUGGUGAAGGGUCGAAUCAGUUGUGUGGCCUUUGAGGGGAUAUUGGCAAAAAUAAGGCAGCAGUUAUUUCACUGGAGCUCCAAACUUCUUUCUAUGGGGGGCAAAAUUACCCUGAUUCGUCAUGUGCUUAGUUCAAUUCCGAUACACCUACUUCAAGUGCUGCAGCCGCCGAAAGCCAUAAUUGUGGCUUGGGGAAGAAUCUGUAAUGCUUUUCUGUGGGACCACUCCUCGUCUGAGAAGAGGAUACAUUGGGCUGCCUGGGAGAAGGUAUGUUUCCCAGUCGCAGAAGGGGGGCUGGGGUGUCGGUCAUUAGAUGAUGUGGUGAAAGCAUUCUCUUGCAAGCUAUGGUGGAAGUUGCGGAAAAAGGACACGGCUUGGGCGGAAUUUAUGCACUACAAAUACAUUAAAGGGUCGCACCCGGCUCUGGUUCGGGUUGUUCGGCCCCCGGCGCUGUGGCGUCGGUUGGAGGGGAUUCGCGAAUUUGCGGAGGGAAGGAUUCGUUGGUGUUUGGGUGAAGGGCUGGUGGAUUUCUGGCAUGACCGAUGGUGCACUGAGGAGCCUUUGGCGUCGCUUUUGGAUGUCACCAACAAGCCGUGCGUGUUAGUGGGCGAACUUUACCUGCACAGAGGAUGGGAUGUCGCCCGGCUCCGCCAGUGGCUGCCUGAGGCAUAUGUUUCUCUGGUCCUCCAGCAGCAAAUCUUUCCAGAUUUGCAGGAUCAAAUGGUCUGGGAGGGGUCUGUCUCCGGGGAAUUCACAAUUGUGUCGGCCGUGGAGGACCUUCGUCGGAAGGGGAAUACCUCUCUAGUGAGUAAGUACAUUUGGAGUUCGGCACUCCCGAAGAAGAUGUCUUUCUUUGUAUGGCGAUUAUUGAGGAAAUGGAUCCCAGUAGAUGUACAGUUGCAGCGGAAGGGAGUCUUCUUGGGAUCUAGAUGUCCGUGCUGCUCAGGGGCUCGGGAAACUGCGGAGCAUCUUUUUGUGGGUGGCCCCGUGGCCGCUGUGGUUUGGGGACAUUUUGGCAGGCAGUUCGGGAUUUUACGGCGGGGAGUCCAGGGGGUGUCUUCUCUUUUAAUGUCUUGGUUCCUGUCCCAUCGAAAGGUGAGUGAGAACCAUAUACGGGUUCUGGUGCCGAUAGCAGCAUUAUGGUUCUUGUGGAGAGCUAGGAAUCAGGCAAGAUUUGAGGGUUCGCCGAUGGCCGCGGAGAGUAUUAUAUGGCAGGUGGGCCAUUUCAUUGAACUCCUGGGGAAAGCCCAGAAACUGGGACGGGCGUUUAGUGGUGACAGGGAUUGUAUCUGGGCUGGAGGGUUGAGGGGAACAGGGUCGGUGCACAGACCAGCACUGGUGGCAUGGAUCAAACCUCCAUCGCCAGUCCUUAAACUGAAUACUGAUGCCUGUGUGACAGCCGCCGGGGCUUUUGGUGGAGGGGUGGUCCGCUCGAGCGAGGGUAAGAUGAUCUUUGCAUUUUACAAGGAGUUUGGGGAGGCUAGCGUGGUUCAUGCAGAGGCUCUGGCCGUACUAACAGGGUUGCUUCAUUGUCAAGAAAUGCGUUUAACUCGGGUCCGGGCAGAGAGCGAUUCGUUGGCUCUCGUCCAAAUGGUCAACUCGGGUGUUGUAGCGCGCUGGCCGCUUUGCAAUGUGUUGAGGAGGAUACGAACCAUGAUGGAAUGGUCAUUCGGGCACCUAAAUGCUGCUGUAGUUGGACUGCUUGCUUUCUCCUUCUUCCUCGUCCAUUUUUUCUUCAAGAAAGAUGCCAAAAGACAUGGUUCAGUACCACCGGAAGCAGGCGGUGCAUGGCCUAUUAUUGGCCACCUUCAACUCUUAGGAAGAGGUCCAGAAGAGCUUCCCCGCAUAACCUUGGCGGCCCCGCCCUGGCCGAUAAAUGUGAACCAGCCUUCACUAUCAGGCUAG